AUGUUAGAUUAUCUGAGUAUACAAUUACCUGGUCCACUUGCUUAUUUCCCCUUUAUCUGUCGAUUAAUAGCAUUCUUACUCUUCGCCCCUGUCGGUCUUUGUAUCAUACUUGACGUUAUAGCGUACGGCAUCGCUCGUACACUUCAUCUAUCAAUCACUCAACGUAGAGUACCCAGAUCUCCACCCGUCAUAUCCAAAGAAAUCCUCACAAACGACUUGAUAUCUUCCGCAGAAGUAUCAGAAGAAGAAUCCGUCUCAGAUAACUGA